AUGAUGAAAAUGCUGCUGUAUGACACCAUCAGGGGUGAGCUGAAAGCGGAAGGUAAAGACAAAGCACUGGACAAAAACGAGAUCAAUGAAAAUAUAAAAAAAUACGACCGGCAUAAGCUGAGAGCCAUACUCAGGAAAUACAUUCGACACAGCAAUAGACUGCUAAACUACCACAAAUACAAAGAAGUAAUAGACAAUUUUGAGCCAUUUAAAAAUGUAUUUAUCAUAUACAGCAAUAGCUUCUUAAAUAAGAAUAAAAUUUUUAAUUACACCUUUAGGUAUUCCAAAAUUAUAAAAAUCCUAUACCUAAAUAAAAAGGGGAAAAGACUUAUAUAUGGGGACAAUAAUUACUUGAAAGAAAACACCCUUACGAGAAAUAAAAAAGGAAGGAGCAGUGAAAGAAUAGGAUUACUACUGGACGAUAACAAAUUCGCGAAUGAAGAUAAUUCCAAUGAAGAAAAAAUAUAUCAAAUCAUUAACUUUUUCUAUACCUUAAAAAAAAGUGAUUAUGAUAAAUUGGACAAAGUCAUUGAAAAAAGUCAGAUAGCCCUGCCCUCAUUCAGCUACUUCGAUAUUUAUCUAUUUAGCAAUAACAAAAAAUUAAAAUAUGAAAUUAACAAGAAGAACAUAAAAUACAUUGACAUCAGUUCUGUCCUGUAUUACCUGUACAUCCCAGUAAUCAUUUCGUACAUCCAUUUAAAAGACUUCCAAAAUGCCAAGAUUAAAUUCUUUGAGUAUAUUUAUCUGAAGAGAAAGUUUAGACAAAUUAAUAAAUAUUGCUCUGAAAGCGAAAAAAGGAAAUUGAGAAUUACCACCCUAAUUUCAUCGCAGCUGAAAAAUAAGAUAUAUAAUUAUUACGACACCCUUCUAUAUGAGAAGAAGCCGUCGUCCAUCUUUUUUAAGCGAAGUGACGAGAUGGGACAAAAGGGGGCUCAUAAAAAGAAAGAAAAUAAAGAUAGUAUAGAGCUACCAAGUAACGGAAUCAGUACCAAAAUUAAGAACAAAUUUAUAUUGACGGGAAGGAAGAGCAAACAAGAUGACGCCUUCAAGGAGCGCACAAGGGGUAGUACCACCAUUUCAAUUAGGAAGAGCAAAAGGAAUAAUUCCUCUUUGCGUGGAAGUGAUUGGCCCGCUGCUUGUGGUAGUUUGCCCGUGGAGGCCUCAAAUGGGUUGACUAAACCCAAGGGAGGGGAAAUAUGUCCCCCCUCAGUGAAAGAUGACACAGAGGCGGAUGUUAUUAAGGAGGGUACAAACAGAAUUGAUUCCAAUGAGCACAAUAGGAGUGGGGCUAGUGGGCAACACACACCACGGGGAGAUACCCACACAGGUGCUGCCGUGACGAAGGAGGAGGACCCUUACGCCAAGAAACGAAAUGAAUAUUUGUUAUUCUUAAAAAUAAAACACAAAGAGACAUCCCUAGAUGGACUAACCGAUGUCGUAAGGAAUAUCCCCCUAGAAGAUAAAAUAUGCAGAAUAAAGAGACUAAGAAAUAUAAUGAAUAUUGAAUACAAUGAAAAAAAAAAUAUAUAUAGAAAGGAAAAGAUCCUGAAGAAUCUGAUCCAAUUUAAGGAUAAGAAAUACUACUUUUACAACUACUUUUUUGACGUCUUGAUUUAUUUUUCGUACUUUAAACAGAUAAACAUUGUGGAGGGCAUACUGCUGAUGGCACUCCUGUACAGCAAGCUCAACUUUUUCAGCAUUUCGACUUACAUAUAUAAGAAUGUGUACCUCUAUUUUUAUUAUAUCUUCGAGAGCUACCAGAGAAAGUGGAAGUCCUUUGAUUUAAAUCACGAGAUGAAUAAGCUGAAUUCGUUUAAUGUGAAGGGGAAAGAGAAUACCGACGCUUCGUAUGCAAAGCAUCACAAAGAUUUGAAGGACGAAAGGGCGAAAAAGAAAAAAGGAAAAAAGGAUAAGAAAAAGAAGAAGAAAAAAAAAAAAAUGAAUACCAUGGCGAUUUCGACGUCUGACGUGGGGACCAUAGAGAGCGACAAGCGGGAAACUAUUAAGGGGGGUGAUUUUUUCCCCACUCCGACUGGAGAAUUGCAUCGUAGCAGAGGCCUCGAGGGCAUCACCAGCGUGUGUAGGGGGAGUAAGGACAUCGCGGUGGGAAGCGGCGCGGUGGAUGCGGUGCGGGAAGGCGGAAAGGAAAGCAUAAAGAUGAACAAAUCGAAAAGGGAAGCAAAAAAGGAAACGAAAAGUGAAGCGAAAAGUGAUGCGAAAAGUGAAGUGAAAAACCACAAUAAGGACAACCACAAUGAUGAUAAAAACGACGAUAAGGACAACCUCGACCAGGACGAGCAUGACAGCUAUGGCACGUGCAGCAUGUACGACGAGCUCGUGGUGCACACAUUUAACCACUUCCAGAGGCAGCUGCGAAAUAACAGCAACUUUUACUUCGUGGCGGACUGGCAGGAGCAGAAGCCGCACUUCAUGUAUCGCAAUUAUGCCUUCCUAAAUAACUCGUUUAACUCCCCCCACCUGAAUUACCUCGACGACAUCGUCGUAGGGAAUAUCAUAAAGAAUGCGAUCUGCUUUAACUACAAGUACAUUUUCAACGGAAUCAAAAGGCACAUUUUAAUUUACCUUAAUUUAAUAAGUCACGUAGAAACAAAAUAUAUUUUUCAUAAAAAUAAUUAUAACUUAAAGAAUCUGAUUUACCAUCUUUACAUGGACAAAAUCCUCAAGUCCUAUGACACUAACCUCUUCACGUAUGAGAAGAACUUCUAUGUACUGAAGAGAAUCAUUUUUUUGGACAAUGGUGUCAAUUUAUUUCACCCUAGUGAGAAUUAUUUAACGAAUGACUAUUGCUUAAAGUCGAUAUUUUUUAAAAUAUAUUUUAAUCUUUAUAAAAAUACUUCUCUAAAGGUCCGGAGAAGGAAUGCACGGGAUAAGCUAGCCGAUGAUAACAGUUGCAUGCGCGCGGAGCUAAUUCACCAAUACAGGAUUAACGUAUGGAGCGAAAAUGGGAAAGACAGCAUCCUGCAUUCGUUGAUCAAUUUGGAGGAGCAGAAGAUGCAGUUAGGGGGCUAUCCUGUAUGUCCUCAUAAUAGAACUGCGCCGCAGUACCAGUUAGCAAAACAGAAAAACGAGGGAGAUGCAGCAGUGAACGGGAACUUCGUUGGGGAGUAUCUUCAUCUGAGCGACAACUCCCCUAGUGGAAGUUCCCGAAUUUUUAAUUUCACGAUGGGUACGAGCGAGCAGUUCAGAAACCAUAUGCUUAGUAGCUACCUAACGGACCAAUGCAGUCACGUGGAGAUGAAGGGGCACAAAACAGAAAACGUAUACCAAGAGUUUAACAACUUUGCAGAUUGUGAGAAUAAUAAUGUCAAGGAGGGUGAACGUACACCCUUUCUCCAUUUCAGAGACCCCAUGCGAGUGGAUAACUGCCCAUAUAGCCACACCAUCUCGUCGCUUGAACUUCUUAGGGAUAAUAAGAGGUACAACUCAGAUAUUCCUUUGAAUAAGUCGGGACCCAUUAUAAAAAGUGUAACCUUGGUAGAUAACCUGAACAGUCCGUCUUCCAUCAACGUCGGGGCGAAAAGCGACUGGCAAUUUGAUGAUAUGUAUAGCGGCAACUCGAAAAAAAGGAACUUCACAUCUGGUGAUGAAGCGGACAGGAAAAAGAAAGUGGCUACCCCAAACAGGGACAGAAAAAACGACAAAUUUAUUGAAACAAUUUUUAAGAAAAAUAUUAAAAAAAAUCUCUUUGGAAUAAACAGAAGUUUGAAUGAAUCUCAUGAUUAUGCUGAUGAUGAGGAAGAGGAUGGGAAGGACAAUUUGAAAAACUAUUCGCUCAGAAAUUUUUUCAACUUCCCCAAUAACGAAUUGAAAAUAUUGAUUUAUAAUUUUCUCUACCUCUACAUCUUUGACGAAUAUAUUUACAUGAACAUGCAUAAGAAGGACAUAAGUGAGUACUUCAAUUUUUUAAAUGUGUUGAAGAAGAAGCAGAAACUGAGGUACAAUUUUUGCAAUUUCCUAUGGCAUUCGAAUAAAGACAUUGGCAACGAAAUAUCAUGCUACAAAAAGUAUCUAAAGGAGAGAUACCUAAAUAAAAAUAAAAAAAAAGAUAAUAACAAAAUGAUGUACAACUCUAUGUUUGGAGAACAAACUACCAUCCAGGUGAACAUGAAAAAAGAUAUGAAUGAUAAGUGCAAGACGAAAAGUGCCAAGAAGUUGUCUAAAAAAGGGGAAGAGUAUAAAAUGGUUAGAGAGCAUAAGAAAGAGGAGAACCUCCAUCCAAUGGCUUCAAUUAUCCUAAUAAACAAUAAAAAAGAAAAAUACAAUUCAAAAGCCAUAAAUUUGUUGAGAGAUACGUAUAAGAAAAAUUUCAUUAAUUAUCACAUCAAAAUUAAUGUAGAAAAAUAUGAACACAUUUAUUUCCUCUUCAUAAUAACGGAAAUGUUGUCUAUUAUUUUUUUGCCAUUCAUCAAUUCGCACUAUUACUUUGCCUACAUAAAAGGGUAUAAACAUCUGGGGGAGGGUAAGUUCACCCCGAUUGAGAGGUUUAGGCAGGAAAAUAUACACCUCUUGUGUGAGCGCACUAGUGCUGAUGGCGCCAGUGUCGAUGAUGUGAGCGGAGAUAACGCAACCAUCGCAGAUGGUGCUGAAGGGAAUUACAAAAGGAAAAGUACAAAACAAAGUCGUAUAAACACGCAAAAUCAAGGGGACAAGCGGAACAGGUUGAUCAAAAGUAGAAAGCAGGACAUAUCCACGAGCAUUUACAACCUUUUCCAACUAAACAAGACCAACUUGUUCAACUUUUCAAAUAAAGAAAAAAAAGAAAAAUCUUCCGAUUCUGAAGAAACCAAGAGUAGGAAGAUUCUCUAUCGAAAAAAUACCCUAAGUAAUAUCAAAAAUGAAACGGCAUACAUACAGAAAUAUUCCCUGUUCAAUGAGAGGAAGGAAAAAUGGAAUGACGUGCUGUAUAGCAAAACGUACACUACCGAGCUGAAGAGAAGGAAAAGCACGAAAUAUCCCCACCAGUUGGAUGAUGGAAACUACUAUAUUGCGCUUUACAACUCGAAAGUAGUAGAACAAAUUAGGAGAAGCAAAAAAAGGAUAACUUUCGAGGCAAAGAAUCUUAUUGAAAAUGUCUUCCUCUACAAUGAAUAUUACCGAAUUGAUACCUACGAAUUAAAUAAAAAAUUUCAUAGUAAGGACAAAUAUUUCCUCAUAAAAAAGUAUGAAAAAAUUGUAGCUCUUGCUUUUUACACUCGCUUUAAUUCCUAUUUGAUAUUUUCCCUGUAUCAACGAAUAGCACUCCUGAAUUUUCUAUACUCGAAUUACCAUUUGGUCAUUUCAAUUCUGAGAUAUAUUAACCAUGUGCAUUGUAAGCUCAUAAACCAGCAUGCUCGGAGGCAUUUUUUUCUUAUGAAGAAAUCUCCAGCAAUGUGUGAAAAAUCAGUUGGUCCUUCUCACCAAGGGGAUAAAGUACAUACGGAAUUUCCAGAAAUGGGGAAGAGUACCUUUUUCGCAGAUCAGUCUGAAAAGUGUGUCCCCUACGAUCACUCCUUCUUCUACAUGAAAGAUGAAGACAUUCAUUACAAUGAUUACAUAAUCAACACAUACAGCACGAACUAUAUUAAUGAUAUGAAUGCCGCAAAGGGUAGACAGGAUUCCCCGUCCUCUAUAAUCAAGUUUUAUGACAAACUAGGGGAUAUAAAAUCCUUCCGAUUUUCCAUUUUCUUCGACAUAUUUUUUGAGCUAAAGGUAAAUUUUAACCACCUCAGCAGCGCGUAUAUAUGUGUGCAGAAUUCGUUAAGGUACCUCUUCUUCUUUUUGAAAAAUGCACACAAGUGUAAUGUCGUCUUGGAUUUGCGGCACAGCAGGGAAAGACAGGCCACGCUACGGGGGACAGCUAACGAAGUGACCAGUGUGUCUGACGAGAGAGACAAUAACAUGGCGAAGCCGUGGAGUGGUACACACAGGAGUAAGAAUAAACAUUCGUGUGACGCCCCCCAGGUGGAUUCCCAACACAGAAGAGUAAAAAGUGAAACAAAUUUACACUUCCAAAGUGGGAACACCCCCCAUGGCGGAAACAAAACACUGGAUGAGUGGAAUCGAAAAUGUGGAGAGUCAUUUGACGAUACAAGCCGUUUUGCACCAUCGGGUCAAAAUUACCCAUCGAUGGAGAAUAGCACAAAUCGUGAUGGAAAAGACAUCUCGCAUAAUGUUAACGAGGAAAAUUGUUACACUGAAAAUGAUUCCCAUUCGAAUUGGCUUGAUGAAAUAGGAAAAGAACCCAAUUGCGAGGAGAAAGGCACAAACGAAGAGAGCGCAUUAACCACCUCGGAGGGUGAAGAAUGGCCUAAGUUUAUCCCCAAUAUGGACAUAAACAAACUGAGAAGUAGUAGACUUUUCUACAUUAUAGGCAUCUCCCUACUGAAGCAGCUGAACAGUAACUACUACUAUGACAACAUGAAAGAAAUAAACCUCAUUUAUGAGGACGAUUUGGUUGAAAAAAAAAUAAAUGUAAAUAAUUUGCUAAAAAAUGAUUAUUCAGAUGUGCUUAACUUGAGUUACAAGUACAUGAGAAAAAGCAUCAGCGUGGAUCCCCACCAUCUGUUGAGUUAUUACUACCUUGGCGUUAUUUAUCUCUACAAGUUAAAAGUUACCAAGUGUAUUUAUAUAUGUAAAAAUUUUCUAUUACAAAACUGUCAUAAUGUGUACGCCUUCUCAUUUUUUCUGCUAUAUAUAGUAGUUACCAGUUCGAGGUAUACCCCAAGGAAGGUACUUUCUACACAUGGGCGGAACAAGUGCGGAAAGGCUGAUACACAUAAAAGUUAUUCGAUGCAGACUCCACGUGGAAAAAAUAAAGGUGAUGGUAGCGAACAUGACGCACUCAUUAACCAUGCAAACAUUUUGCACAGCUACAAUGAACAGUAUAAAGGGUUAAUUAACCAAUUAAGGCGAAAUGCCCCCGACUUUUAUAACGCUAUUAUGAGUACGAACAACCUCUUUGAUGCAGAUGAUGAGAAAAAGGCAGGCGCAGGAGGAGGAACCUAUAUGGACGACUUUUGCAACCUUGGGAAUUUUAUAAACUGCAACGAUUCGGGCGGUAAGAGGCCCGUUAACUGCGUGAAGGAAAAUCCAAGUGAUGUCCCAUACGAAGUGAAGUCUAAUGGGAAAAGUGACGAUCCAAGUGGCAGCCAUGAUAUGAACAAAACAGAACAUGGUGAGCCCCCGUUUGGUCCUAAACUGGAGAAGGUGAAUAUCACUAAUGGAAGAACCCCCCCAACGGGGAGAAGCGCGUAUGAUAAGCUGAGUACACACUGUACAGGAGGAAGACGAAGAGGAAGCACAAGAGGAAGAAAAAGAACAAGUACCCCAUACUGUCUUUACAACGGUGAGGGACUCCAAACCAAAUCGCCUAACAACGAAUGUUUUUUAAUCCUUACGAAAGCUAUAAACUACUUCCCAAACAACUUUUUUUUUUUUUACCUCUAUGUAUAUUACUUAAUUAAUUUCUUCGUAAUAUAUGAUAUUUUAUUUUACUGGGAGAAGAAAACACAAGACAAGAAGAAUAAAAAGAGGACCUUCCCAAGUUCCAAGGUGAAACAUUUGCUUCUGCAGAAAGCUUCACAAACGUGUAACAUCAAAUCAAGCCCAAGUGAAAUCCCCCGCCCUACGGACCAUUUCAAUUUUUUACGUGAAGAAAAAAAGGCAGAUGCCCAUCUUAGCCAACUGUACGACGCAAUAUUCGACACGGACGAGAUGGACAACGGAGAUAGUGACGAUAAUAAUUACACUGAUGAAAGUGCCAGAAAUCGCGAUUCCUGGGGAGGACCCAAAUUAACUCGCUUUUUUCCCAACGUCCCAUUUAAUCUUAACAAGUGUACCAACCUAGCCAAGGGGAAGAACGAAGGGAAUAGAGUUUUAACCAAUAGCAUUAAAGAAGAAAUUGACAGAAUUCAGAUUUCGCUGAAGAUUUUGCAAAAGAAGAGCAAUGCGAUGAGGAUUGAGUCCAGAAUGGAGGGUAAAGCUAACAAGGUUGGUGCUUCGGGGAUGGAUGCAACUUCGACUGUGACGAAAAGUCCUUCUGGUGACGGGUCACACACUGUCGCAACACAUGUUGGCAGUGCGGCUGAUGAUGAAAAGUGCGGAGAAUAUCGUCACGCCGAUAUCGCACAUCCAGCGGGGAAGAACCAACCCGGGGAUGCAAAUGUCAGCCAAAAGAAUAAGCAAAACGAAGGCGUAAACACCGAGGAGAGAAACGCAAGGUUCAUGGAGCCCCCAUCCGUAUAUGAUACGUGCCCAAAUGAACUAAAAAGUAACAUAAAAAGAAGCGACUACAUUGACAUCAGCAAAGUGAACUUGUUACCCUGCGUUAUGCCCAUACUGUUAGUAUUGUACAAAUACAUCCUUCAGAAAAUGCAGGAAAAAAAAAACUCCGAUAUGUAUGUAUAUUUCUGUUUGAACAAAAUUAUGUCUCAUGUUGAUCUGAGUAAGAUUAAGUGUGAAUUGCAUGCAGAGAGCGACAGAGGCUACCAUCCAGAUGGUGGGAUUAACAAUUGCAAUUGUUUCUUUAGCUACGCGAAGGGGAGUGACAAAUUAUACAGCAAGAAUUAUUACUUUUCGGAGAGAAAUAGAUGCGGCGUGGUUAGCGGAAGUGGUAUGCUUGGUGGAAGCUACAUGGUCACUAGAAGCCGCCUGGAUGGCAGAAGCGGUAACAAAUUUGGAACUCUCAACUCGCGGAACAGCAUGAGCAAUCUCAGAAAUGGCACUCCCCAAACUACUGGCACACCCAAGGGCAUGCGGAAAAUUAGCCUGAAAAAUGUAUACCUGGAAGCCAUCACCUGGAUCAGUAUGGGUGAAAUUCUGAUAUACCUGAGGGUAAAUGCCAAGCUUAUUGCCUACCUUCUCAACAUUAUAGACACGUACAUAAAAUUUUAUCUAAGUGUAAAUAAUGACAAUAACUAUUACAGCUACGAAAAUACAAGUUUCUUUUACAAUUUGACACACCAGUUUAUGUGCCUGAAAUGCUUGUACUUGUUUUAUCUCUAUGCCAAGUGCAAAAGGAGGAAAAGAUAUUCAGACAUUCUUCUCCUGAGCAGAAAAGGAAGCAGCAGUAUAUGUCGCCUGCCAUCAAUGGCAAUGUCCCCCUUUGGAGAAGCGGUAGAGAAAAGGAAGGACAAUGGAAAGUGGAAAUCAUCAUUGCCCUUUAAAAAGAAUUUAUAUACAAAAAUACUCUUUUUCGAAAACGAAUACGAAUUGCACAAUGCUAGAAUGAACUUGUGCGACCACCCUAAAGUUAAAGUCGAGAAUGAGCACAUCUACUUCAGUGAUCGAUUUGGUGAGAAUGAUUUUAAGUUGCCUUUUCAUACAAGAGAUAAGAAAGAAUUGCGUGGGAAAUUCUGGCCUCUGAGGAGGAAGGCCGAAAAGGGGGGCACUGAUAAGGGAGAAAACAAGGAAUCCCCCCAAAGGAAUGCACCAAAAGAGAACGCGAGCAAUGGAGGGAAAUGUUAUUCGAACGACAAAGCAGACACAAAUAACAAAGUGCAUAAAAUGAACAGAAUGAACAAAAAGAGGAUGAAUAAGAUUUACGCCGAUGAGGAGAAACUGAUCAGCUCGUUUUUUGUGGACUAUGAGAGUGCCCAGAAAAGACAGAAAAAAUAUCGACUCGUAAAAAACAUUAAAAUUUACGUAUCCCUAAUAAGUAAAAUUUAUUUCAACGAUAGAAAGGUUAACAUUUUAUAUGCUCGAUAUUAUUUUUUAAAAAAAAAGUACCUAAAAGUUAUCAGCAUCUUGUCUCUUCUGAAUGAGCACUACAAGAAAAGGGACUACUUCAUUAUGAAGAAGAAAAGGUCACAUGAGGAUAGUGGCUCAGGGAAUAAUAUGAACAUCUCGAGUGAACAAAGUACCUUACCAAGUGGCUACCCCUUUCACUUAAAUAAUCAAACUGAUUUCGUCUACGAAUAUUUAAAUAUAUACAUGUAUUAUCAGUCCUUUGAGAAGUUACAAAAUUACCGCAAGUCGAAUUAUUACAAGCAUAUUUUGAAAGUCAUUUUUUUAAGCUGCCCCAUCAUACCGUUUGGUUUGUUUCCAUUUAUAAAUUUAUGA